CUUAGCCCAAUAGCAAAAUUAAAACAAGGAGCGAAAGACGGAGUUGAAGGGCUGAAAGGCGUGAAGCGAAGGGGGCGAGGGGCGAACAGGGCAACUGCGAUUCUGGAUUUCUGCUAAAGACAAAGUGCGAAAGGCCGAACGGCGCAGCCGCAUAGCCAGCGACUGAGUGAGACGAGCGACGAGCCGAUUCAUCCGACGAAUCUCUGUCUCCUUCCCAUCCGCAAUUGACGAGCAGACUGAGCGAGACCUGCGACUGGAGACUGCGGUUCUUCACUCGUUUUCUUCUUCCCAUCAGCAAAUCGAUGACUCCACUACUCCAGCUGUAAUAUUGUGCUCAUCUACAAUCGGAGCCGGAAGAAACAAAUAUCAAAUUGAUACACUAUCGCUAUUAUGUCGGCAGUUUCAAGAAGGCUCUUUUCUCGCAUCCGGCUUCUAUCGACUGGUCAAGCUGCGGUCUGUGUGCCUUCUUCAGCUUUCUUGUCGCAGCAGUCGUGGAGGGCUCUGAGCACCGAUGCCGUUGAGGCUGACAUAUCCAACCGGAUUAUCGAGGCAAAGCCCCGAAUUAUGACCGGCCAAUCAAAGCGCACCGGCGCUAUCGCCAUCAAAUGUGGGAUGACCGCUCUCUGGGACAAAUGGGGUGCUCGGGUUCCCAUCUCUGUUCUCUGGCUCGAAGAUAACAUUGUUUCCCAAGUUAAAACACCUGAAAAGGAAGGAAUCUUUGCCCUCCAGAUUGGAUGCAGCCAUAAAAAGGAGAAACAUUUGACCAAGCCUGAAGUAGGUCACUUUAGAGCUCAAGGUGUGCCCAUGAAAAGGAAGUUAAGAGAGUUUCCUGUCUCUGAGGAUGCCCUUCUGCCUGUUGGGACUUCCAUUGGUGUCCGUCAUUUUGUUCCGGGUCAGUUUGUUGAUGUCACUGGCAUCACUAGAGGCAAAGGGUUCCAGGGUGGAAUGAAAAGGCAUGGUUUCAGUGGUAUGCCCGCGUCUCACGGUGCAUCAUUAUCUCAUAGGAGUAUUGGGUCUACUGGUCAGAGAGAUGCUCCUGGAAAGGUAUUCAAAAACAAGAAAAUGCCUGGGAGAAUGGGUGCAGUGCAAAGAACAGUUAAAAAUGUUUGGGUUUACAAAAUUGAUCCGGCGAGAAACUUGAUGUGGGUUCGAGGUCAAGUUCCAGGUGCUGAAGGGAACUUUGUUUUCAUAAAAGAUGCAAAUUUCAGGAAACCAGAUGUAUCUAUUCUUCCCUUUCCUACCUAUUUUACCCCUGAAGACGAAAAUCCCGAAGAUUUGGAACCACUGGUUGCUGAACUUGGCGAAACUGAUCCAUUCAUGGCUGCUGAUUAGGUCUUGCAUGGAGGAUAUUCAUGGAUGCCCAUCAAGGUAGGGAGUAAGAAUGAAUGGAGGUUGAUAAUCAAUUGUGCUACUGAUAUCAAAAUGUGUUGUUUAUGUGCAUUUGAAAUGGAUGUUAUUUUAAUUCCAUUGAUUUACCAAUGGUUGACAAAUUAAAUACUACGUAGUGUAUUUGUUAUUGUUGCCUCAUACCAUGUAUUAUCUAAAGUACGUACUAUUACAUAUUCUAAAAUAAGACUAUAUAUUUUUAUUUUAUAAAUAUGAGUAAUUUC